UAAAAAAUUCAACACAUGGUAAAAUGUCAUUCCAACGAGUUUAUAUCUUAGAUAACCUUUACGUAUGGGUAUAUUAAAUGAGGCUAUCAAAUGUUAUGUUAUAAACAUGAACUUUACUAUCUAUUGUAUUAAUAAAGUUGUGCUAACAUUUUGUAACUCGAAGAUAUAGUAGUGAUCUAACAAAGUAGUUUGAAAAGACGAAUUGUGCAGUGUAUCUCUGUGUUGUUAAAAAAAAUGAAAGAACAAAGUGGCAUUUUAAGGUUAUAUAGAAAACCUGGAUGUACAACAACCAAAACAAUUGAAAUUCUUCGGAAGUUGCAACAAACAUGUGGUAAAUUGAAAGAUAUUGAAACGGAAGUAUGUUUCCAUAUUGAAACUACUUCUGCUCUAGAAGAAAAGGAAAUAAAUAUUUUGAAAUGGAUACUUCGAGAUCCUCUUGCUCCUAAAAACUUGACUGAAAAAGAAAACUUGAAAACAACAAAUAACAGUAUCUUAAUUGAAGUAGGACCAAGAUUUAAUUUUUCUACCUCAAGUUCUACAAAUGCAGUGUCAAUUUGUCAAAAUCUGGGAUUGAUGAAAGUUACACGUUUAGAAAUUUCACGUCGCUAUUUAUUAAUUUUUAAUGAUCUCAAAGUUUCUUCGGAAGUAGAAAAUAGUCUAGCAUCUCAAUUAUAUGAUCGUAUGACAGAAUGUAGGUAUACCCCAGAAAAUAUCCCAAAAUUAAGUUUUAAUGAGAAACUUAUCAAAAAAGAAGAUAUAAAAGAAGUAGAUAUACUAAAAAAAGGUGCAGACGCAUUAAAAGCAAUUGAUAGUGAACUAGGCCUAGCAUUUGAUGAAGCAGAUAUCUUAUAUUACACAAAUUUAUUCAGAAAUGUUCUAAAAAGGAAUCCCACUAAUGUAGAAUGUUUUGAUUUGGCUCAAUCCAAUAGUGAGCAUAGUCGUCAUUGGUUUUUCAAAGGAAAGAUGGUAAUUGAUGGAGUAGAACAGAAACAAUCACUUAUAGAUAUGAUUAUUGAAACUCAAAAACACACAAAUCAAAAUAAUGUUAUAAAAUUCAGUGAUAACAGCAGUGCUAUCAAAGGAUUUCAUCAUAGAAGCUUGAGACCAGUAACAGCAGGAUCAGUUAGUGAGUUGAAACAGAUACCAACCGAAUCCCAUCUUAUAUUUACAGCUGAAACUCAUAAUUUCCCAACUGGUGUCGCUCCUUUCAGUGGAGCUACAACUGGAACUGGAGGAAGAAUACGAGACGUGCAAUCUGUUGGUCGAGGAGGAUAUUGCAUUGCCGGUACUGCCGGUUAUUCAGUGGGCAAUCUUCAAAUGCUCGAUUAUGAUUUACCAUGGGAAGAUAAAAAUUUUUCAUAUCCAUCAAAUUUCGCUCCUCCAUUACAAAUUUUAAUAGAAGCCAGUGAUGGAGCUUCAGACUAUGGUAACAAGUUUGGAGAACCUCUAAUUUCUGGUUUUGUCAGAUCUUUUGGACUUAUAGAUGGAUCGGGAGAACGUAAAGAGUGGAUAAAACCCAUUAUGUUUAGUGGAGGUAUUGGUAGUAUGGAAGCAGACAUGACUGAAAAAUUAGAACCUAAAAUUGGUCAUCAAAUUAUAAAAAUUGGAGGACCUGUUUAUAGAAUUGGAGUUGGUGGAGGAUCUGCGAGUUCUGUUGAAGUACAAGGAGAUAAUAAGGAAGAAUUAGAUUUUAAUGCUGUACAAAGAGGUGAUGCUGAAAUGGAAAACAAACUGAAUAGAGUGGUACGUGCCUGCUUGGAAUUAGGCUCCAAAAAUCCUAUUAUUAGUAUUCAUGAUCAAGGAGCUGGAGGUAACGGAAAUGUCCUGAAAGAACUCGUUGAACCCGUUGGAGGAAUCAUUUAUGCCAAUAGAUUUGAGCUCGGUGAUCCUACAAUCAAUGUUCUAGAAUUAUGGGGAGCUGAAUAUCAAGAAAACAAUGCUCUGUUGUGCAAAAAGGAAGAUCUGAAACUUUUGAAAAGUAUUUGCGAUAGGGAAAGGUGUCCAAUUAAUAUUGUCGGAGAAGUUACUGGUACUGGUAGGGUUGUGCUUGCUUUAGACGAGACACAAAAAGUUACUCCAUUCAAUUUGGAAUUAGAACAUGUGUUAGGUAAAAUGCCACAGAAAGUGUUCAACUUACAAAGAAAACCAGUCAUAAGCAAACCAGUUGAAUUGCCAAAAGCAUUAUCAAUCUACCAGUCACUUCAAAGAGUGUUAAGGUUACCAUCUGUAGGGAGUAAAAGAUAUUUAACUAAUAAAGUGGAUCGUUGUGUUACGGGUUUGAUAGCUCAACAACAAUGUGUAGGUCCUUUGCACACACCAUUGGCAGAUGUUGCCGUUACUGCAAUCUCUCAUUUUGGAUACGAAGGUAUAGCUUCCUCUAUUGGUGAGCAACCCAUCAAAGGUUUAGUGAACACUGCGGCUGGAGCUAGAAUGACGGUAGUCGAAGCAUUGAGCAACUUGGUCUUUGCCGGUAUUUCUAAUUUACGUGAUGUAAAAUGCAGCGGUAAUUGGAUGUGGGCAGCUAAAUUACCAGGAGAAGGAGCUGCUUUAUUUGAUGCUUGUAAAGCUAUGUGCGAUUUAAUGAGUGAAUUGGGUAUUGCAAUUGAUGGAGGUAAAGAUUCCUUGAGUAUGGCUGCUAGAGUCGGAAAAGAAACGGUCAAAGCACCAGGAACUCUCGUUGUUUCUACCUAUGCACCUUGUCCUGAUGUUAGGAAAGUUGUUACUCCAGAUUUCAAAGCGCCUUCUAUGGGGAAAACAGGAAACAUUCUUUUUGUAGAUCUGUCUGGAGGAGAUAGUAGACUUGGAGGAAGUGCUCUUGCUCAAGUAUUCGGUCAACUUGGACAAGAAGCACCAGAUCUUCAUAGUGCUAAAGAUUUAAUAAACGCUUUUAAUGCCACGCAACAAUUGAUUAAGGACGGUUCAAUUUUGGCUGGACAUGAUGUCAGUGAUGGCGGUGUGAUUGUUUGUUUGUUAGAAAUGUGUUUUGCUGGAAUGUGCGGUAUGGAAGUGGAUGUUCAACAUAGACAAGGAAAACCACUUAAUAUUUUGUUUGCUGAAGAAGUGGGUUGGGUUUUAGAGGUAUUGGACGGGGACGUUUCACAUUGUUUCGAUGUUUUCAGAAGUAACAAUGUACCAGUUUACCAAAUAGGUAAAACCGUUGGAUAUGGUAUUAAAUCUAAAUUUGGAAUUAUAUGCAAUAAUGCUUGUCUAGAAAGCACAAUACUUCCUAUAAUGCAAUUAUGGGAACAAACUAGUUAUAGAAUCGAAUUACUUCAAACUAUAAAAUCUUGUGCCGAUGCAGAGUUUCACUCACUUUCUAACCGUACCGGUCCCAAAUAUGUACUUACCUUCGAUCCAGAUGAAGAUAAAAUCGUGAAAGAUGAAAUUAUUUCUGUUGCUGUGAUAAGAGAAGAAGGUACCAAUGGAGACAGGGAAAUGGCAGCCGCACUGAUUCGUGCCGGAUUUAAAGUGUGGGAUUUAACCAUGCAAGAUUUAUUGGAGGGUGUAGCAAAUUUAGAUCAGUUUAGAGGUGUUAUUUUCCCUGGUGGAUUCAGUUAUGCUGACGUUUUGGGUUCGGCGAAAGGUUGGGCAGCCAGCAUUCUUUUCAACGAAAAAGUACGAGAGCAGUUCAAUAAAUUUUACACUAGAAGAGAUACUUUUAGUUUGGGAGUUUGUAAUGGUUGUCAACUGAUGGCGUUGAUAGGUUGGGUAGGUACUCCCGUUACCGAAGGAUCCAAACCAGAUAUAAUGUUGAGACACAAUCAAUCCGAAAGGUUCGAGUGUAGGUGGAGUACUGUGAGAAUUGAAAAAUCAAAUUCUAUUAUGUUGAACAAUAUGGAAGGAUCGUCGUUUGGAGUUUGGGUUGCGCAUGGUGAGGGUAGAUUCACAUUCAAAUCGGACAGUAUUUACGAUACUUUGAAAAAAUCAAACCUAGUUCCUCUAAGGUACGUCGACGAUAAAGGCGAACCAACAGAAAUCUACCCUAUGAAUCCGAACGGUAGUAUAGAAGGUGUAGCCGGAGUGUGCUCUGAAGAUGGAAGACAUUUAGCAAUGAUGCCUCAUCCCGAAAGAUGUGUCCAACCAUUCCAAUGGGCUUAUAUGCCUACAAGUUGGGUUCACUUCGAGAGAAGUCCAUGGGAGAAAAUGUUUACAAAUGCUUAUGAAUGGUGUAGACAAAACAAAUAUCACAAUGUUUAUUAUUAAAGAUAGUCUGUUUGGUACUGAUAGAAUAUAUCGAUGGAGUUACGACAAAAGGGCGUAAGCGUCAUUCAAAUAACAUGUUUUAGAUAUAUAUACCAUUUUUUUCUAUAUUAGUGAUUUUGAUCAAUCUCGUGCUAAUAAUUUAUAGUAAACAUUUUAACAUUUUUGUUACUUAGGUAUUUCAAAAAUAUCUUAGUUCUAAAAAAAUUGUACAUCCUACUUUUUCUCCACUUGCGCCCUUUCUGUUUUGUAACAAUAGGAGGUAAGUGGCAGUUGAAAUCUAAAACUACUCAGUAUCAUAUCUAUCGCUCAUGCCACUUGCUUACAACUUAUUUAAAAAAUAGGUUAAAGACCUCAUAUGAAAAAUUAAAAUGAUAAAGAAAUCAAGUUAUAAUAUUGUAAUGUUUUUGUUAUUUAUUUAUAUGAUUUAUAUUUAUGGGGUUAAUUAAUAAACACUGUUUCUUACGUUCUUAAUUUAUUUAAAUAC